ACUAGAAGAUCCUGUAGAGUCGCCGGACACAAGUGCAGUUGCUGGUUUUGGCGAAAAGUCGAUCUCGUCCUCGGGCCAGACAACGUACACCUGGUCCGGCCAACUCACGGCAUCACCAGGGCAAUACCGGCUUUGCUGGUGUGGAGGUGUUGGCGGGACCACUUGCGAGGACAAUUUCGAUAACUUCGCAACAGAUGUUGGCGCAAUCACGGUGCUGGGUCCAUACAGCAACCAGAGAUUCGCCUGCACGAAGGGUCACUUUUGCCGCAACCAGGGUCCUGUACUUGGUCUCGGGCUGACAGCCGAAGACCUUGUCCACAUUCGCGUGGCCUGCACUCUGGAUCAAGCGCAGUUUUUUGGGCUGGAGUUGGAUGUCAGGGCAGAGAACAACACCGACAGCGGAGAGGUGGAGUUAUACCUGUCCUCGUCCUAUCCAGUUGUCCAGGCGUCCGCGGAGUAUGCCUUGUGCUGGUGCUCAUCUGUCGGCCAGAGCUGUGCCAGCAUGACAGUCGAAAACGUCGCUUCUGCCACAGACUACCUUGAAGCACAACUGGCCUGGUUGGAGGUUCACGGGCCGCCCACCGGAGAAGAGGCAGAGUGCGACCAGGGCCAGGGGUGCGUUGUUACCUUCAGCACAGAAAGCAUUGGCUUAUUGGGAGGUGACCGAAUUUCUGUGCUGGAGCAAUGCGGUGAGGGAGACUUUCUCGAAGGCUUGCCUUUCCCAGGGUAUGCAGAGACAACAGAGGGCAUGGCUUAUAGCUUCAACAGCAAUGCAUCUGUGGACGAGAACGGCAAAUACUUGAUGUCAUCACCGGGCAUUUUCCGGCUAUGCUGGUGUCGUCCAGAACCUUCGCUGUCCUUGUACUGCGACAGCGGGCCCGACUUCAAUGUUACAGUUGGCCUCUUCCGCUCCGUGGGACCCUAUGCUGGCCAGGAACUGCAUUGCGCCUUUGGAGCUUCGUGCCUUGUGACAAGCUUACGAGGUAUAGGCCUCUCCGCACAGAACCUCUUGUUGGCAGUGGCAGACUGUGGAAGUGCAAACACGACCAUCACUUUCCCUCAGCCACAGGCUGUCUCAUCCUCUUACAACACAGAUGGCAGCUAUUUCUGGAACCUCGGAGACUUGCAGCUCCAGGCUUCCAGGCCCGAGCAGCUCUGGGUUUGCUGGUGUGCAGGUGGCUCGGCAUGUACCGAAGCUUCUGCCUUUCGUGUCUAUGCCAUGGUGCUUUACGUUGAAUGCCCUCCUGGCUGGUAUGAGCUGCAAAGUGCAACAGUUAUCUGUCACGAGUGCCCUCCGGGCUUUUACUGUGAAGGUGGCUAUCCGGCCGAGAUACAGAAAUGUCCUAACGGAAUGACGAGUUUGCCCGGGGCCGGGAGUCUGGAGGAAUGCGUCUGCCGUCGCGGUUAUUUCUGGAACGGUCAGCUCAGCGCUUGCUUCGCUUGCCCGAACGGCGUUUUCCAGAAUGUGACAGGCAGGUUAACAGCCUGUGCCGAAGAGUGUCCGCCCCAGACUUCGUCAAACGGCGGGGCGGCCAGUAUUGCGGAAUGCUUUUGUGCCGGAAGUGCUGUAGAUGUUGACCCGACUCCGGAAGGCUUUGAUUGCGUGGAUUUGCUCGAUCUGGCUGAUAACUUCAGUAACAGUUCAGCAUUCGCUGCCAGGCAAUCUGAUUUGUACACCUUCUCCGGAUCCGUGCAAGUGCUAGAUGCAUCGACUGAGGAGCUGCUUGAGAGCAUCAAGGCUGAAGUGUCCGAUCUACUGGAGUUGAAUGGCGCACGUGCGUCCUUCAGCUUGCAAGGGCGUCAGGCUGGAAAUUGGUACGUCGAUUACGAAGUCUUGAGCCCCGACGACGAGCUGGCGGAAAUCAUGAGAGGUAGACUGGAGCCUAUGUCCUUCUCUGCGUGGGUGUACUCCGACAUGGAAGGCACGGUGCUAGCAUCUGCAGUGGCUGGCAACGAAACGCUUGUGCAGCGCACAGUGCUUCAAUGCCCCGAAGGUUUGGGUAUCAAGGCGGGGUCCUAUGUGACCGGGUUGGCCGAUUGCCAGUGCCCACACGGGACACAGCCUGCCGUUUCUGGGAGCACCGGUUUGCUUUCCGGUUGCUCCAGUUGCCCCAUUGGUACAUACAAAUCCUUCGUUGGGGACUCGACUUGUACUUUUUGCCCAUCAAAGGGUGAUCCCUUGACCACACUUCAGGAAGGUGCGAUUUCCUAUGCGGCUUGCACCUGCUCAGCUGGAUUCGUGAACGUAGACCCUGAGGAUCCUGCAGACUGCGCUCCCUGUGGCCAGGGCUUUUUCUGCACCGGAGGAAAGCACAGGCAGGCUUGUGGGUCGUCGCAGUCAACACAGGGCGAGACUGCCAGCAGUCAGUCGGACUGCUUGUGUCAGGAGGGCUUCACAAGCACAGGCACCGGUGCUUGUGAUGCAUGCUCGCCUGGCAAGUUCAAGGAGGAGAUCGGGAACUCGCCCUGCGUGGAUUGCCCCGCAGGAACUUAUUCGGAAGAGGGAGCAGAUGAAUGUGAUUCCUGUUACAAAGGAACGUUUUCCACCGGUGGUAUGGGCAUGUGCGAGCCGUGCCCCGCUGGGCGCUACUCUCCUGACGAAGAAGCCACUUCCAUAGACUCAUGUGCUAGGUGUGAGAUUGGCAGGUGGAGUGAUGAAACUGGGGCCUCCGACAGAAGCACAUGCGUGCCAUGCCUCGCCGGGUCCACGACUAUACAGGCCGCUUCACAAAAUGAAAGUUCUUGUGUCCGACCAUACCCAAACCAACUCGCUGAAUGCAUCUCUGGUAGAGCUUGCACUCUGGACGGGAUCAUGGGUUUCGGCCUUCAAGACGGGCAUCGCAUAGGACUGGCUUCAACAGACUGCAGUUCCGCAAAAGUGGCAGUGCCGAACAUAGAAGGCGGGGGAAUCUCAGACCUGGCCAUCGCUGGUGGUAGCCAACAUGUACUCGGAGAUGAGCCUGACGAGUUUGCGCCGCAGGGAGGCUACUACAACAUGUGCUGGUGUGCGAACAUGGCGGACCUGUCUUGCGAAGACUUGAACAGCAACUACUUGAUAUCUGCUGGGCAACUUCAUGUCAUCGGUCCGAGUCAGAAUCUGUUGCAAUGCGUUCGUGGCCGGGACUGUGCCAAUUUGGCGCCUUUCGUCGGUUUUGGUUUGUCUGGCAGUGAUUCUGUGGUCGUUCAGCGUGACCAAUGCGGACUGACAGGGCUUGCGCUGUCUUCAGUGAAUCGUGAUGGUUAUGGCAAUCUGUCGGUUCCAGAAGCCGUUAAUGCAAGCCAUCUUGUGCUGGGCUUUGGCAUCUCAGAUGCUUCCAACAGCUAUCAUCUUUCCAUCGAUGCGGAUGAUACAGGAUAUGCAUUGUGCUGGUGUGCAAAUGAUCGCGGCUUGACGGAUGCCUGCACAAGCCCAGAAGACCAUCUAGUCUUCGCUGGCCGUCUUCGGGUGGUAGGUCCCCGCACAAACCAAGAGAGUGAAUGCUUCGUGGGACAGGAGUGUGCUGUUACAGGCAUUCGGGGUGUUAGCAUGGAGGCAGGAGAUCGGCUGAUGAUUCUGUCCAAUUGUGGCACAGGAACCGCAUUGCCAGGUUUUCCGGGUGGUGGCAUCAUGGUAACCACCGAUGGCUCCAGUUUCGAAUUCAUGACCACGACCAUCAGCUUCCUCCUGUCAGUGCCGGGGAUUUUCCGAAUCUGCUUCUGCAGGCCGUCACUUGUUGAGGUGUGCACUGCCACUUCCAGCUUUCAGGCUGCUGUUGGGCUGAUGACAGCGAGUGGCCCGUUUGAGCAAACAACCACCUGUGAGAUGAGUGCCCUGUGCACGGUGCAGUUGUCCGGAAUCGGUCUGAUGGGCGGCGAUCGGCUGCUGUUUGCUCCGGGUGAGUGCGGCAAUUCCAGUAGCAUUGGAUCUCUUGGCUUUCCCAAUAUGGAGGACCCCCUGAUUGUGGAGGACUCGAGCAUGGGGUUGCAGGUAAACUUAGGAGAGCUACCCGCAGACGCAGUACCCGGCUUCUACAGAGUAUGCUGGUGCCCGCUGGCUGCAGACUGCACUUCGACAUCGGCAUUUCGAGCUCCUGCGGGCUAUCUGCAGGUGAACUGCCCAGCAGGCACCUUUGCAACGGGUCCCGCCUCAGGGAGCAAGUGUGUAAGCUGCACACGUGGCUACUAUUGCGCUGGUGGGCCUCGAGCGACGGCUACAAGACUGGCUUGUCCAGGAGGGUACACCACGUUCGGUCGGGGUUCUGUCUCCAGUGCCGAGUGCGUGUGCGAUCGAGGUUAUUUUUUUGUCGCCACCUCCAGCAGUUGCACAGACUGCCCCAAAGGCUCCUACAAGCAGAAUGCUGGCAAUGGGGACGCAUGCACGCCGUGUCCUGCUGGCAACACCACCUUCAGCACUGGAGCGGUAGCCCCAUCAUCAUGCAUACCUGAAGUGGAUGACUCUGGUGAUGGAGGAUCGGGAAGCUCUGGGGUCACACAGCUGUCAAACUCGUCAGAAGUUCCAGCGGUAUCAUUCAACAUGUCCUUCGGAAACCUCCCGGCUGAUGCGGACCUCGAAAGCAUCAGGAACCAGUUGGUUGCAAUGUUUCUUGCCACCUUUUCGGCCACCGCGAGAGUGGACCCCAGUGCGAUCGAAAUCGACUUCGUGGGUCUCGGUCUGGCUGGAAGACGGCUGAGACGGCUUUUCGAUGCAUCGAUGAUUGUUAUUACAAUCAAGCAGCGGACUGCGGACGAGGCGAGUGCGAUCGCCGCCGACAUGGAUGCUGUCACGGUCACGAACGAAGUCGCCGCUGCCGUUCAGCAGAAUCCGACUCUCAGUGGCGCAGGCAUAUCGUUGGAAGUCGAGUCGGCACCAGCGGUUUCUUCCACAGUCGUGAGCUGUUCGCCUCGGAUGUCAGUUCCGCCAGGCGUGCCCGUUCUCAGUGCGGAUGACUGCCAGUGCAGUCCUGGAUACACCUACGACACUGCAGCUCAGGGCUGCGAGCCAUGUGCUAGGGGCGAGUACAAGGAUGCCAUAUCCAUGGAUGCCUGCACGCGAUGCCCCUCUGAGAAAUCCACCCUAGAAGUUGGUGCCACAUCGCUGGAGCAGUGCAGAUGCGAGGCUGGGCUUUUUGCUGAUGGCUCAGGGUUUUGCUCUUCCUGUAGGAUUGGAUUCUAUUGUCCCGGCACUGGUGAAGCCGUCAGCUGUCCGCAGAACUCAACGACGGUGGCGCUGGGUGGACGGACUGCAACAGACUGCAUUUGCCUGCCGGGCUAUAGGAAGGGCGCAACAAGCUGUCAGGCGUGCGAACCUGGUACUUACAAGCCCACCGUCGGGAAUGAUGCAACUUGCGCGCUGGAGUGUCCGGCCAAUUCGAACAGUGAUUUUGCCUCCACUUCCCUGGCUGACUGCUUCUGCCUCCCUCGAUACCACGCGAUCCUGGAUAACGCUUUUGACCAAGGGAGCUUGGCACGCUGUGCUGCCUGCAACUAUCAGGGCCUUGAGUGCCGUGGAGGCUUCGAAAACGAGACGAACGGUACCGAGCGUCGUCAUGCGCAGCCGGUUGCAGAGCCUGGCUUCUACCAAGCGGGCUUAUCCACCGCGAGGGAGUGUGACGUUCUGUUGCCGGAUGGUAGCAGUGCGUGCAAGGGAGGAGCCAAUUGUGUUGCUCAGCGGAUGGACCUUCCCGUUCCGGAAUCAUGCAACGGGAUGUUGGGAAACGAAUGUGCCGAAGGAUCUACUGGCGUGUUGUGCGGCGAAUGCCCCGACCAUUGGGCCAGAGAUGAUUAUCCUGAACUUUGCCGCAAGUGUCCGCCCGAUUCUGCAGGAGACCUGUCUUUUGCCGUGCUGUCCGACAUCGGCCAGAAAGUGUUCUUGAACUUUGUUGUCGCGGCCAUGGCCGCCACAGCUGCAGUGAAGGGAAGCGCGAAGCUCCACACCAGCAUGAUUCGUCUUGGAACUCAGUGGAUGGCCGCUUGCUCUGUUCUCACCCAAUUCAACCUGGAGCGACUGCCUGGCUUCGAGUGGUCGCAACAAGAUGCAGAAAUGGCACUGCUUGCAGCUUGUGCCGAGUCCAAUGCGACUUCCUGUGAACCCGGUUCCCAGGCAGCCACUUUUCCUUGGCCGGAAGAGGUCUCUUCGGCCAUGUCCGACCUUUUCGCAAUCAUGAGCCUCGUGCCGAGGUUGGCCACGGUGCAGUUUGCGUCGAAGUGUCGUGCUGGGGAACUGCUACCGGGCAGUCGGGCAGCGACGAUGGCUGCCCCGGGUAUUUACUUUGUCACCAGUCCCAUCCUUGCAAUCAUUGGCCUUUUUCUCUUUGCCGCGUUCAUGGUCUAUCUGGUCGUGCCUGUUGCGGCCUGGGCCGGACUUUACUUCAACGACUUCCAGCGCGACAAGAAGAAGCGGGACAAAUUGAAGAUACAAGCCCGGGAAACCUUUGACGCAUUGCCUGAAGAGAAUCGGCAUGGUCUCGUGUGGACGGACCUGCAGGACUCCGGCAUUCUUGAUGAGGUGGAGCUGAACAUCUUUGAGCACGGGAUUGAUCAUAUGGAAAGCUUCAUCUCAGGCACUCACGAUUGGGGCUCAUGCAGCUUCGAAGCCAAACGGCCGAUACUCGCGAAGCUUUGUGUCCACAAAGCAUCCCUGGAUCCGCGUCAAGAGCAACUUCGCGCCGAAGUUCGUCUGACAAUGGAGGAGUUCAAAAAGAUGCCUGAUUUCAGUACCAAGGGGCAUGGCGAGCGCGGCUUGCUGCAGAUUCUGUUUGACAAGUCUUGGCGUGGAAAAAACUCGUCCAUUUUCUCAGAUCUUGGCGAGCCACCAGCAGCACUUCACGAUUUUGUGCGCCGAGCCUUGGCAUGGAAACUGCGACACCGAGUGGAGCACAGAGCGGCUGACUGGGGAUUGGAUGUGGGCACUGUCGCGCUGGCUGUCUGCGACAGUUUCAGCACGGCACAGGAGCUGUAUGUUUCAAGCGCAGACGAGUCGGGUUUCGACGAUCUGAUUUCCAAGACGUGCGAACGACUGAGUCUAGAAAGGCAGCGACGAAGUGAAAAAGAUACCGAAAUUCGAGCGCCCGAGCCAACCGCAAGUGGGCUCGAUCCGGACACCUUGGACUUCGGUUUGUUCACAUCGAUGCCGAGACCUUCCCAGCUGCUUCAGCAGUGUGUGCCAGUAAUUUGGGUGAUGCUUUUGGCAAUGUGGCCGGAGCUGUUGUCUCAAUUUCUGAAGAUGGUGUGGUGUGCGCCUUUCUCCGAGGAUAACAACCGAGGCCUUACAGAAGUGAAGCAGCGCUUGCUUCCACAUCCAGAUGUUGUAUGCUGGAGCUUCGAUCAUUUUGAACUGGCUCUCAUCGCUUCAGUUGGACUGGUCGUGUGGUGCAUUGGUGUUCCUCUCCUCUUGUUCCUUCGUAUAUACAAGCUGAAAGACCGCCAGAAUCCUGAGAAUGGUCGGAGGUACGGCUUCUUUAUCGAAGGCUACGAACCUGGUUUUUGGUACUGGGAUAUCAUAGUCAAGCGCUUCGAUAUUGCCCUGAUGAAUUUGGUGACGUUCACAUCAUUGGCAGAUGAUGAAAAGGCCAAGCUAUUGCUUUUUCCAUUUAUCUCUGGCGCGAUGUUGGCAAUUGCGGCUUGGUGCCGGCCAUUUACGAACGAUCAGGCUGAGAUUCUGGACUUCAUGGAGAUGUGCCUUUUGAGCUUCCGCUUUGUUCUUUUUAGUAUGAUUGCAGUCUUGCUGAUCUUCAACCCCUCGGCCGCGGUCACCUACGGUGUUGCAGGAACUCUCGUUCUAGCGUUGGGCUGCAUCUGCAUGUACUUUGCGCUGCACGUUGCGGUUCAGAUGCUGCGCACGUCUGCAGAAGAAAUGGGGGAGGAAUUGGAAGAGGACGAUGAUUCCAACGACCAUGCCCGUGAUGCGAAGACCACCCAGAAUCCCAAGGACAAGGGCAAGAGCAAGAAGCCAAAUCCGAUCGUGGCGCUUGUAGGUGAAGUCAAAAAGACACUAAUUGGAUGCACUCUGCCACUCUUCGUGCAGGGUGAGGACGAGAAGCUUUUCGUAGAGUGGACAAUAACCACCGACAAGAUCAGGCUUGUGAGCUCACAGCCGAAGAAGUUGCGUAGAUCUUCAAGCUUCGCUCGAGUCGCGUCCGCUGUGAAGCACGCCAGGGCACAGAUCCUUCGAUUUGGGGCAAGCUAUCAGCGGCAGGUAGUUGUCAAGGCCUUGGAGGAGUUCUCGGAGCUGUGGUUCGAUCAGUUUGACCAAUUGGUCAUGCCCGUGGAUACCACGCGACUGCUUGUUGCCCUUACCAGCACUUUGAGGAAUCUCCCCAAGAAGACGCCGAAACGGCAGGUCGCAUCUAAGUGGAAGGAGGAAGUUGACAAACUGUUCAUGCCCCGAGCCGAUGGCCAGCAGGGGCUACAUGGAAUCGAUCACAAAUGGCAUGUGACCCCCGAUGAGAUUCUCGUCAUGACGCAGCGCUUGGCCUCGGUUGGUAAAAAGGAGGCUGUGAUCCUGGUGGAAAGCGUGCUGAGUGCCUUGCAUCGUCGUCAGAAGGAGUAUGCUGUCUACCUGAGGGAAUUGGAGAUCGAAGACGAAGACGAAAGUGACCAGGAAGGCUUCGGCUCUCCCUUCGCUCUCGAAGAGGACAACAACCAGGCGAUUGAGCAUUCGGACGGGGUUCAGUUGGUUCCACGGCGAAAUGUGCCAAUGGCAGAAAGAGCCGCACAGACCAAGAUGAGCGGAAUGAAGAGUUCACAUGAUGCCAGAGAUGUUCUUGACAUAGCUCGGGUACAAGAGCUGGCGCCAGCAGCAGAAGCAGGAUCCACGCUCCUGGAUGCAAAGGUGGAGAAAUCUUCCGCACUUGCGUCAUCUGGCCGGAGCCGGUCCCCCUCCCCUGCGGAGGAGCGCCAGCGUUCGGCAUCGCCUUUUCCGGACACAGAAGUGAAAUCAGUAGUUCCUAUGACGAUUGAUGAGCCCAAUCAGACAGCAUUGUAG